AUGUCUUUUCACAGAAAGGAGAAAUCACAGACUGAAUCCGGUAAAAGUAGACAAUUUGCAUUUAUUGGAUUCCGUAAUGAACAAGAAGCUCAAGAAGCUAUUAAGUAUUUCAACAAUUCAUUUCUUGAUACUUCUCGAAUUACUGUUGAGUUUGCUUAUCAAGUCGAUGAUGCUAACACUCCUCGUCCUUGGAGUCGUUAUUCGCUAGAGAAACAAGGGAAAGUUGAUAAAAAUGGUGGAGAAUCUUCUAGUGGAAACUUGCUUAAUGGUAAUGCUAAAGGAGACAAGAAGAAGAAAUUAGAGGAUGUUGAUCCUGAUUUUCAAGAAUUUCUCGAGGUUACGGGUAAUUCGAAAAUCUGGUCCAAUGACAUGUCCAUUGCUCCUACCGCUAAAGUAACCACCAAAGAGGAGGUCUUGGUGAAGAAACCAGAUGAGCCAAUGGCUUCGGAUGGUGCUGAGCUUAACAAAGCUAAAAAAAGAUCGUCGGAUACUGAAAAGACUAAGAAGRACAAAGUUGUUGCUCCUAGUGAUGAUGUUUCUGAUAUGGAAUACUUCAAGAGUAGGGUUGAAGCCGAUGGCAAGAUGGCUCAAGAAUUGAAAGCUGACAGUGAUGAUGUUCUUGACACUGGUCGCCUUUUCGUCCGUAACCUGCCUUACACUGCAACAGAAGAAGAGCUUAUGGAACAUUUUAGCAAAUUCGGUGAAAUAUCAGAGGUCCAUCUUGUUCUUGACAAGGAGACAAAAAGGUCCAAAGGGAUUGCCUUCAUCCUUUACCCGAUUCCAGAAUCUGCAGCAAGGGCAAUGAAGGAAUUAGAUAACUCAAUUUUCCAAGGGCGGUUGUUGCAUAUUUUGCCCGCCAAGCACCGUGAAAUGUCUGAUAAACAAGUAAAUGACGCUUCGAAUCUGCCAAAAACAUUCAAGCAAAAGAGGGAGGAACAAAGAAAGGCGUCUGAAGCUGGUGGAAAUACAAAAGCUUGGAAUAGUUUAUUCAUGCGACCCGAUACUAUUCUAGAAAACAUUGUCAGGGUGUAUGGUAUAAGCAAGAGUGAGUUUCUUGACCGUGAAGCUGAAGAUCCUGCUGUACGCCUUGCUUUGGGAGAAACAAAAGUGAUUGCAGAGACCAAAGAAGCCCUUGCUAAAGCUGGAGUAAAUGUCAGUUCUUUGGAAGAAUUUGCUGCAGGGAAAGGCGAUGACAAGCUUCGAAGCAAACAUAUUCUCUUAGUAAAGAAUUUGCCAUUUGCUUCUACUGAAAAGGAACUGGCUCAAAUGUUUGGAAAAUUUGGAAGUCUAGACAAAAUUGUUCUCCCUCCGACGAAGACGAUAGCCUUGGUUGUUUUCCUUGAACCGGCUGAGGCACGUGCAGCUAAAAAAGGAAUGGCAUACAAACGUUACAAAGAUGCUCCCCUGUAUCUGGAGUGGGCUCCUGGAAAUAUUCUCGAGCUGAAAACACUUCCCGAUAACAAUGAAAAGAAGAGUGAUGUUGGAGAAAAUGAUGCGAGAAGAAUCAACUUGGAGCAGCAGGUUGAAAUUGAUCCGGAUAUAACUGAGGUAUGUCCAGUUAUGAUUGAUUUUGGUCUUAUCUUGUGGGGCUAUUUACGGUUUUAG